CUCCCACACUGUAUAUAUCCCGAGAGGCUGCAGUGAGUCAAGGCCCUGCACCACUCUCACUUUUUCUCAACCCCCGACUUGAGUGACUACAUCAGCAAAGAUGAGCAAAGGUAUGGCCAUAAAGAGCAUGUCCUUCAAGGUCGGGCAGACCCUGACCAUUGUUGGAGUCCCCAAGCCUGAGGCCACAAACUUUGCAGUGAACAUUGGCCCGGAUGAGACGGACAUCACGAUGCACAUCAACGCUCGUUUCAACGCCCACGGAGACGAGAACGCCGUGGUCUGCAACUCUUACCAGAACGGCAGCUGGUGCGAGGAGUACCGUGAGGGAGGCUUUCCUUUCCACCAGGGAGAGGAGUUCAAGGUGACAGCUAUGGUCAUUGAAUUCACCGCGGCCGAGUUCCUGGUGACUCUAUCGGACGGCUCUGUGAUCCACUUCCCCAACCGCAUGGGGGCCGAGAAGUAUUCCUACAUCAGCUUCGAUGGAGAGGUCCGCAUCACGAGCUUCGAGAUCAAAUAAACCUCCUCCCUGGAAUCUUUUGGGAUAGAAAUUCAUGUUUUUUUUUUCUCAAUUAGUUUAGCAUCAGGUCACUUAGAGCGCCCCCCCCCCGCCACCGCCGCCCCCCUCCCCAGCUUUUCAGGUCUCACAUGUCAUGUGAUUUCAGUGCCUCACCUGCUUAUCAUACAAUGUAUUGCGCAACAACUUGUUAACAUGUGCAGAUGCAAGCAGACCAAUAAGAGACAGACGUGUAUACAACAAAGUCAUGAUACUCACGCGCACACACAGAUGCACACACAGUACACGUGGUCGCUGCGUGGUCCUCCUGCACGCUGGACACACAGCGAAACAUAAGUAGUCCCAAGCCCAUGUUAUCUGACUGUUAGUUUGCAGUGUUUAGUUGAGAAGUUUCCGCUCCACUGUUCUUUAAGGUGCUUUGACAUUCAGCAUGCGUUCUCGUCUACCCCCUCCCCCCCCCCCCCAGACAUUCCAGAUGUAUAACCGAGUGUGAUCUUGCCUUUACAACAUGUAUUAAAUAAAGCGUGGCCUUGAUGUAUGUGGACUUUUGUGACUUCUUAAUAAACGUGUGAAACAAAGCA